AUGAUCUCGAUUCUGAGUGAUGAUAAAUCAAUUUUUGAAACAGACCGAAGCGUCUCAGGUGAAGCUUCAUGUCUUAUGAUGAACGUGAACAAAAAAAGUAACAACCCUAAGUGCUUGUUAAGAAAUUCUUUUCUUUUUCUUGAUUUCAAUGAACUCUUCGGAAACAUCAUAAAACCGCACUCGAAGAUGCAAAUUAAGAAGCAUUCUUUUCAGUGGUUUGCUCUUUUUAUUCCCAAAUGUUUCAAUGACCCCAUUAACGCCUCCAUGGAACAUCUUGUCGUCAAAAAUUAUGAUCAGACAAAAUGUUUAUUUUUGUUCAAUGCUUUGGAACUUUUUCACUGA